ACAUAAAGAUAAACUUGGGGGUUGAGACAAAAGGACACCAGCUGGACCUACAUACCAGGUUUUGUUUUACCUUGAAGGCUAUGGAUGUCCUUAGCAGCAGUCAAGUCUGGUUAAAGCAUCAUUAGGAAGACUCUGGGGAGGAGCUGCUUCUGUAUGGAAGCGAGUAGCACCAGUUUACAGCGUCACUCAUGGUGAGUGCAAUCAUCUGAAAAGUUCCUCCUGAGUUCUUCUGGUUCUCCUGGGAGUCCUCCUCAUAAUCUGAAGCUGGUGACCUGUAGAAUGUUGCACCCAGGAUUGCUCGCAGCCCUGGAACUUUGAGGAGCCGACGAAGCGAAGGAGAUAGGAAGGAGAGGAUGUCUGAACCUUCUGAUGGAAUGUGUCUGAGAUCUGGAUCCACGUACAUGGGGAGAACACUGUGCUAACAUGACUUUUUCAGACCUGGCAAAUGUCAGCUUCGGGAACCACACGGAGAAACAGGGUGACCCCACCGCACUGGGUUACAAUGACACCGAGGACUCUGUCAAUGGCACCUCUUUGGCUCUGCCCCUGGACCUGCAAGCUCUGACCGUCGGGGUCAUCCUGGCAGUCUUCAUCCUCUUUGCCAUUGUUGGGAACAUUAUGGUCAUUCUCUCGGUGGCAUGCAACAGGCAGCUCCAGACAGUCACGAAUUACUUUAUCAUUAAUCUCGCUAUAGCCGACCUCUUGCUCAGCACCACUGUACUCCCUUUUUCUGCUACCCUGGAGGUCCUAGGGUUUUGGGCUUUUGGAAGGAUCUUCUGUGACAUAUGGGCUGCUGUAGAUGUCCUCUGCUGCACUGCUUCUAUCCUGAGCUUAUGUAUCAUAUCCAUUGACAGGUAUGUCGGUGUGAAAUAUUCCCUCAAGUACCCAACUAUCAUGACCGAGAAGAAAGCUGUGCUUAUCCUCAUACUGCUUUGGUUAUCCUCCAUGGUCAUCUCCAUUGGACCCCUGUUGGGAUGGAAGGAGCCUCCACCUCCAGACGACAGCAAGUGCAGCAUCACAGAGGAACCUGGAUAUGCCCUCUUUUCUUCCCUGUUCUCUUUCUACUUGCCCUUGUUGGUCAUCCUGGUCAUGUAUUUUAGAGUCUACAUUGUGGCCAGGAGGACAACAAAAAGCCUGGAAGCUGGCGUGAAGAAGGAAAGAAACAAGUCCAUGGAAGUUGUGCUCAGGAUUCACUGCAGAAGUGUCUUGGAGGAAUCUACCUCUAGUUCCAGGAAUAAAGGACAUACCUUCAGGAGCUCCCUUUCUGUGAGGCUUCUCAAGUUCUCCAGGGAGAAGAAAGCUGCAAAGACACUUGCCAUCGUGGUUGGGGUAUUUAUACUCUGCUGGCUACCCUUCUUUGUCGUGUUGCCUAUAGGGUCCUUCUUUCCAUCCCUGAAACCAUCAGAGUCGGUCUUCAAGGUGAUCUUCUGGCUGGGAUACUUUAACAGCUGCGUCAAUCCUAUUAUAUACCCAUGUUCCAGCAAGGAAUUCAAAAGAGCGUUCAUCAGGCUGUUGAGAUGUCAGUGCCGGAGAAGACGAAGACCGCUCUGGAGGGUUUACGACCACCAGUGGAGAACAUCUAUGACUAGUUCCGGAAAGGGAACCGACGGAGAACGCCAUACGAAUUUCUCCUCCAUGAACUCCUCGUUCAUAUUUAACCCUGGGAACCGAGGAGUCAACGUCAAGAGGAAGGCCAUGGAUUUCAAAGGGUGGAAAAUCAUUUCUCCUUUUCAAAGAUCGUCUACUCAACUAAAAGAAAAAAUGAACAAUCUUUCAAAUAAAAUCAGGAAUGGCUCGAGUAAGAGCAACGUUACAGCUGCCUACAAGAGCGAAGUCGAAUCCAUUUCCAUGGCUGUUUCCAAUGACUUGACAGAACUUGAAUAUCAAAUGUACGACCUUACAGACUGCUGUGGGCUCAGAGAAACCGAUAUAUAGGUGUAAUUAUUUAGAAGAGUUAUGAUUUUACUUGCGUUUUUUUUUGGGGGGGGGGGUUGUUUUCAUCGUGGUAUACCGUGCAGAAGAGAAAAUGUGAUAUAUAUGUGAAAUAUUUGGUAUUCGUGUUAUAAGUGAAGAAUCAGAAGGUUAAAAGAGUUACGAUGACGUUGAAUUUACGGUGGUAAAUGUCCAAAAUUUUUAUGUGAUUAAAAAAAAAAAAAAAUAUCUGAAAAUAAAAAAGAAAACGUA